AUGGAGACUGUGGAGCUCAAACCAGCAGAAGGACAACUGAAGAAGAAGAAGACUAGGAUCAACGAUCGAUCAGGGUCUCAUUCAAUCGCCCCUGAUGGAGGAGGAAAUGAGUUAGAACCCAGAUUUCACGUCUACUUUGGCGGUGGAGUGCGUUUCGGGUUUGUUCACUGUGGUAACGAGGAAGGCGAAGCGAUGAAGAUGAAGCAAUUUGUGCUGAACAAGGCUAGGAACUCCCCAAAGGAAAUGCUCGCGGUGGUGGAGAGGACAGGGCUAGAUGUGAUCUCGUGUUCAGAGCUGAAAUUGAGGCCGCUGUGGAAUUUAUUGACGGGUAAUAUAUAUUGUGAAAGAAAAUGUUUGCGUUUCCGAGAUGCUCUUCAUCCUAUGACUCAUGACAUAGGUCAAGGCGGUUGUUAUGCUCUCGAGGACAGCGUGAUACUUACAAGGUACAUCGGGGAAGCUAUGAUGAUGAAGAAGAAAGAUGAUGAUAAAUUGCUUGAGAAAUACGGGAAAGAGAGGAGAUGA